AUGCAAUUAUUGAUCAAUACCAAUAAUAAGAGAUGGAGACAUAUUUUAAGAGUCGCAAUGAUUUUAUCUUGUGAUGAAUUUUGGUUUGAAAAACCAAAAAACAUCACAGUACCUGAUAACUUAUUUAUGAUCAAAAAACAUUUUGAUGGCGAAUCGAGGUUACAAGAUUAUUUUGAAGAGCAGUUGUCUCUUCUCAAUCCACAAAUGAAGUUUAGACAAAAAUUAAACGCUAUUGAAAAUCUAAUUUUACACGAUGAUGAUGGUGCUCGUCUGGGAUUAGACCUUUUAAUAAGUGUGAUUUCUUCACCAGUUUGUAAAUAUUAA